ACGUCAAGAAGCAGUCCAAGGAAGGUACCAGCCCAGAACGGCGAACAUCGACAAUGGGCGCCCAACGGAUGGGUAACUUGAGAGAUAAGUUUGAGAAAGGAGAAGCCGGUGAGAAAAAGGUAAAGAAGAAAGGUGUCCCAAAAAUCAAGUAUGCCGGGGCAGAAUCGGUGAAAAAUAAGUUCAUUGAGAACGCCACCAAAACGGCUGUGGAGACGGCGAAUGGUCCCAGAGGGCCAAAGCAAAUAACGCCGCCGCCGGAAGGCGUGGCGGUCGGUGUGUUGGAGAGCAAGCCACAACCCAGGGCCCCCGACGUGGUGACGGCUGACGACACAUUGGAACCAGUCGAUUUCAGUGUGAUCGGCGAAACAACCAAAAAUCUGAAAGCAAAAUUCAAGCAUUUGGAAGAGACCGGUGGUCAGGAAGAAGAGGAAGGCAAAUCGAAACCGAAGCCCCUCAGUGAAGAAGUACAAUCGGUGGCCGAGGAAGCGAGCAAAACACGCGCCCGAUGGAAGGAUAUAGAGAGUGGAAAAACAGAGGUCAGUGGAGCUCCGGAAUUUCGAAAAAUCGAUAUGGUUGGUGAAGGCUAUGGUGGAGUGUAUGAAAAUGAGCCGGAGACGCUGGAAAACAUCAUUCGCCAUGGAGAGGAUAAAAGAGAGUUGCCUUCCGGGAUCAGCGCGAAAGAACGACGGGAACAAUUUCUUCGUGUGGCAAGCGCUUCAACAACGGUGAAGAAGGAACCGGCCAAG